ACGUGCGUCGUUCUGCGUGUUUUCCUCAUUCAAUUUUCUUGGUGUCGCAGUAUUUUUGUCAUCGUUAUUUUGGCCUCUAGCGUUUACCGUUGUUCUCGCGAGUUCGCGUUCUUCUAACUUCACCAUUGCGAUGUUGUCGUAUAUUCUCGUGUGCUUCGCUGUAACUUCAGUGACCGUCUUGGCUUCAGGCGAUCCUGCCGCGCCCUUCGUUCCGAGAGCGCCGUUACUCUAUGGGCCAGCUGCGUCUCCAGUUCCACGAGUGGCCAAAGCCGUAACAGCUUUUCCUCCGCCUCCAGCUCUAGCGGCUCCGGUAGCCCCUCUUCAUCCGGUUAUUGCAGCAGCACCAGCCUAUGCUGCGCCUGCGUCGAAAAUAGGAGCACCGGCCCAUUUUGCCCCGCUGGCUGCGCCUCCACCUGUUGCAUAUGCAGCAGCCCCUGCUCCAGUGCCCACUAAUCUCAUUACUUCAUACUCCUACCAGAGCCAUAUCAACCAUGCGGUGCCAGCCGGGGUGUUCCCAGCCCCGGGGCCUCCGGGUGCUCCAGCAGUAUACGCUGUCCCAGCGGUGUCGACACCUCUUUUAGCAGCCUCUGCACCGCUUGCCAAGGUAUCUCCUGUGCCCUUGGCCCACGUGAGUCCGGCCCCUCUGCCAUAUGCCCCAGUAGCCAGGUAUCCUGCGCCAGUCGCUGGAAUUGCCGCUCCGUAUAGAUACGUGUGAGAACAGAGCGACUUCGGUUGGAUGCCCGCUAUUGCGGUACGUCUUUGAUGAAGCGUGAGAUUUUCGAACGUCAGACCCGUGCACCUGGCUUGAAUUAACCUCAAAAAAAUUAUUUGACAACGUCAUCAAUUGAUGUUGUACUAAAAUAAUGUUCGUUAUAAUCGUGGUUAGACACUUGCGGGUGUAAGCACACCCAAUGUGUUGGAGAACUGCAGGGUCGAGAGCUACCGCUGAUGAAAAACUCUAGUCGUAGGAACAAUCAUAAAACCGCAUCUAGUCCAAUUUACAAAACCAAGUUAAUUAAUAACAUCAUGAGAAAUCAUUUGUGUAAGUAAUCACAAAAAAAAGCCGACCGUAGAAUCUGAAUUGGAAAUAAUGAUUAUUUAUUAUAUAUACUUUCUAUGUCAAGUCUUGCUUUAUCUAUGUCAAUGCUUCUAUAAACUGCGUAAUAAUUGAUAAUAUACUUUGAUUGUGGUGUUGUGUUGCAAAAGUAUGUUUUUUUUUUUUAUAUACUAAUCCAAGUAACAAGUCUGUAAAGAAAUCGAGUCUAGAGAUUAACAAGCUAUGAACUAGAGUAUAUGACCAUACCUAUUUCAUAUAACUUAUAAAAACACAUUUUUCUACCGAACUGCUGAUAUUUUUUUGUCCCAACGUCUUCUUGCGUCGGAAAU